AUGAUAUUCAACUCCAGCGAUCAUGCGCUGGCCGCACGAGCUCACAUUCAGAGCGGGGACGGCACCGCAGUCCAUUACUGGGGCUAUGCGACUCGAUAUCUUCCAUGCACCAACGAUGCUGGAUCUUGCGAGUAUCUCGAUUCGGUAUACGGAGAUCACGAGAAGUCGAUGAUCUACACCUUCAUCAUGUGGGCAGUCAUUGGGACAACAUUGCUUGCGAUAGCUUUCUCGCGACUCCUCCAACCAAAGAAGCGGAACGGUGCGAGACAAGGCUUCUGUUAUCGCUGUACACGCCUUGUGACUGUAACCGUCAGACGCUAUCUCGUACCUGAGUAUUCGAGGGUAUUCAGACACACAACUAGAUUGCAAGUUCUCGUCCUUGUCAUUCUUUGCGCCUACCUCGUCACAUUUUCUUUGGUGGGAAUUACAUACAAGAGCUGGAAAACACCCAUCAAAGGCACAGAUCUGUACAACAUCCGCAGCGGCAUCGGUGGCUUCGCUGACCGUCUUGGCGCGUUCGCUUUCGCCCUGACGCCCUUGACCAUUGCACUAUGUGCUCGCGACUCGGUGUUGAGCAUGCUUACCGGGAUCCCCUACCAAAGCUUCAACUUCCUGCACCGCUGGACGGGCAGGAUAAUCCUCAUACAAUCAUUCGUUCAUUGCAUCAUUUGGACUAUCGUCGAGGGACGACUAUAUCAGCCCCAGCCAAAAGUGUAUGUGGAGUGGAUCAAACAAGAGUACAUGAUUUGGGGUAUUAUAGCGCAGGGCUUCAUCACCUUCCUGUUCGUCUUCAGUCUGAGACCUGUGAUCCGUUGGACAGGAUACGAAUUCUUCCGCAAGUCCCACUUCAUCGUGGCAAUCUUAUACAUUGGCGCCUGCUGGGGCCACUGGAAGCAGCUCUCGUGUUGGAUGGUAGCCUCCUUUGCGAUUAUGGGGUUUGACCUUGUUGCUCGCACAGUCCGCACCUGCCUCAUACACUUUGGCUAUAAAGAUGGAAGCAACGGCUUCGGCUUCCGCUCUAUCCCUGCCAAGAUGGAGGUGAUCAAAGACCCAACAGGAACCAUUGUCCGCAUGACAUUUGCCCACACCCAACAACCAUGGGAGCUUGGCCAGCACUUCUACCUCACAUUCCCGGCGCUCAGCAUCUGGCAGUCACACCCCUUCACGCCGGCAUCAAACCCAACCACUAGCUCUUCAAUACAAACUCACACUUACAUCAUCCGCGCCUGCAACGGCGAGACCAAGAAACUGGUUGAACUGGCGGAGGCAGCUGCGAACCGCUUCCCACAUGGAGACGAUACAACUCCGGUCAUCCUGCAAGGUCCAUACGGCGGUUCAGUCGUCAAUGACGAAGUCUCUAACAUCCUAGCCAUCUCUGGCGGCACAGGUAUCACAUACACGCUCCCAAUCAUCAAGGCUGCUCUGGCCGUGGCGUCCUCUGUACGCAAUAUUGAGCUUGUGUGGACUAUCCGCCACCUCGAGAAUCUGACCUGGGUCGGCCCCGAACUCUCGUACCUGAAGUCGCAACUCGCCCAGACGUUUCCACGGGGACAUUAUAACCAUGACGACGAUAAGCUAGAAAAAGCGCCCGUUGUAAGCGUGGAGACGGCAACGCGCUUCAGAAUCAAAAUCUUCGUCACAAGGCCCGAGGCUAGAAUACUUGCGCGCCGGCCGAUGCCUCCCCGCCCGCAGAGACCGGAGGAGAAGGACAAGGACUUUGACUUUGGUGAUGCGCUAUCUCCUGUAUCAUCGACGUCGAGCUACUAUUCAGCGGAACUCGAAGACCUGAUUAGUGACUGUCCUAACUUCAGCAUCACAUAUCUAGACAAUGUCCGGCCAGAUACCAAGGCGCUGGUGGGUACGUUCAUAGACGAGACGGUAGAGAAGGGCAGCACGCAAGUUUUCGGGUCCGGGCCGCCAGAGCUGGGGACGCAGAUCAGAGCUGUUGUUGCGGCGAAGAACAUGCCUGGCGAAGUAUGGCGCGGCAGUGAUAGAGGAGAUGUGGAGUGUGUGUGGGAUGAUAGGAUGGGUUGA